AUGUUACACAAAGACUACCCUCAGGAGAACAUCCGGGCACUCCGCUCAGUCGACAAAAGUAUCCAUCCCAACUCCAUUCCUCUCGCCUCCCCUGAGGAGAUAUACCACGUCGAGACUCAAGUAGACCCUGACACACAAAAAGACGUCGUACUCUGGGAUGAUAUCCUCCAGGCGUUUGAAAACGCGGUGCAGGUUCGUCAUAAGAUCAAGGUGGUCCCGUUCCUGAAGGGCAAGGACCUUAGAAUUCUAGAGCCUCGCAGGAUCGCCGCCGUGCCGAACAUCGUCUUGGAUGUCGUCGUAAACACUCCAAUGACCGAAAGUGUGGGGGUUGCUUCUUCCCAGGCCCGACAGCUGGAGCUUCAGCCAGUACCACUGCAGGACGGCAGCGCGAUAAAGGUCGAGGUUGCUACCUCAACACCUAGUGCUACGUCUACGUCCAUUGCUGUGACUGCUGCAUCCACGCCUAUCGCAACGUCCUCAUCCAAUGCCGCUUCCACUGCAACAUCCUUUGUCCGACGGAACCCAGUCUACAGUCUUGUAAAGGCGGCGAUGGGAAACUACACUCACAUCGAUAGACCCCUUGCAUUCCCGUCAGCUCGAGGGCCACAUGCAGUACAGGACGAUAAACCGCCAACCAUCAAGGAUCCCGUCGUCCCUCCUCACUCAGUCAACAGCAGCAACUCUCAGCUGCAAGGACCACAGAGCGUAAUCACCAACGCUCCUAUGGAGAGGGAUGUGGUUCAGAUGAGCAUUAGCGCCAGUCAUGGAGACAAGGACGCCCAGGUCGCGCUUGGCGACAUGUACAAGGAUGGCAAGGGGGUUGCGCAAGACUAUCAGUCGGCCAUGGAUUGGUACCUCAAGGCCGUUGAGCAAGGAGACGCAGCUGGUCAACAGAGAGUAGGCGUUCUCUACGAUGAAGGAUUCGGUGUCCGCAGAACUAUUCGACAGCCAUGGAUUGGUACCUCAAGGCGGCCAAUCAAGGACACACCGCCUCACAAUACAACGUCGGCAUCGCUUACAAGCGCGAUGGAGUGGUACGUCAAGGCCGCCAAGCAAGAGCACGACGUUGCUCAAUGCAACAUCGGCGCACUUUAUCUCCACGGUCAAGGUGUUCUCCAGGACUAUACAAAGGCUGCGGAGUGGUUCUCUAAGGCCGCCGACCAAGGGCAUACUGGCGCCAAGAGACUGGUGGAAGCCUUGCAGAGACUGGCGUCUGUUAUGAACAAAAAAAUAAUAAUUAUGAAAUAA